CGCUCUAAGCCCGUCAAAUGUUGAACUACCCAUUUUACCUUUGAGUGGCAGUGUCGUGAGCAAAUACUGAGGGUGACGAAGUAUGCCCAUAUGCAUGGUAGAGCCAAUCAAAGGUGCGUUACGGAGGAGGUGGGACUUCGGCCAUUACGGACGCAAACGUUGUUGUAGGAGGAAGAAGCCGAUUCCAGAAGCCAUUACGUUGCGCAGCUCAGUCGAGAAAAACUUACUAUUUUUACGUAUAUUACGCACUUUAAUGCUUUUAUAAAAGCCAUAUUUCAUAUAGCCAUGGCAUCACAGGCAAAAAAGAGGAAAAUGAAUUUCUCAGAAAGAGAGGUGGAAAUCAUUGUGGAGGAGAUGGAAAAACAAAAACACAUUUUAGUUAACCACUUCAACGCUGGCGUUACUCACAUCGCCAAAAACAAUGCAUGGCUUGAGAUACUGAAGCGCGUUAAUGCGGUGACUACUUGUCAAAGGGAACUGGCUGAGGUAAAGAAGAAGUGGUCCGAUCUAAAGACCGAAGUACGGCGGAAGGUGGCCCAAGCCCGCGCAGCCAUGGAAGGCACUGGCGACUGCACCACAGUGCCCGUCAUACUGACUUCCAUGCAGCAGAGGAUCUGUAACCUACUAGGAGAAGCUACGAUUAUCAGCCUUCCCGCGGGCGAAACGAGCGCAGAGAUCAGCGUCCCUGUACCCAUGAGCUCGGCGGCUACGGUCACUCUCACGCAAAACAUCCAGACUGUCUCUGCGGCCUGUGAAGUUAAAACCUUAGAAGGUGAGACCACUUACCACACGCUGGAGGAGGGCAUGGUUGAGUACUGCACCACGGAGACGCCUGUAACCGUGACGACGGAGGCUCCAGUGGAGGUCCUGACGGCGCAGACAGAAUGUUCGGUGAAGCCUCAGGAGCUGAAGAGCCGCAUCGCACUCAACUCGGCCAAGCUGCUGCAGGAGCAGCGCGUCACCAACCUGCACGUGCGCGAGAUCGCCCAGCACCUGGAGAACCAGAACGACCUGCUGCAGAUGAUCAGGCGCUCCCAGGAGGCCCAGGCCUGCGCCCAGGAGAGGCAGGCCCAGGCACUGGAGGGGACGCAGGCCGCCCUGCUCGCGCUCAUCCAGAUGUUCCGGCCCGCGCUCAAGGACCUCCGCAAGUUCCUGCAGAGCGCUAACAGCUCCGCCGUCACGACGGGGAACGAGGGCGGGGAGAGUAAAGCCCCCGCCACAACUGAACAGGCGGAGGAUGUGCAAUAGACUCAGGAAUGUGUGUGUGUGUGUGUGUGUGUGUAUAGAUUUGUUUAUGCAUCUGUGAGCGUGUGUGUGUGUGUGUG